AUGCUGGAUGCAGUGAUAUGGCUGCUGCUGGUGCUACUACUGAUGGCCCUCACCUUUGCGAUCUUGGGAAUGCUCGUUGGGCUUCUGUGCGCUCUCGUCACGACGGCGACCAUGGUCCAAACCCCCGACUCGGAGCGGGCCUUGCGACUCGACUACCUCCAGAAGAAACACGCGCUCGUGGCUGAGGCUCGCGCUCUGGUUCGGCGCCAUGCCCGGUUAACGGCACAAAUUGACGAAGCUCGAGACCUCAAGGACUCUAUUCCCCACUCGACAAAAGACCACUCGAUGCAACGGAACCAGCUCAUGUAG